AUGAGUGGUGGACCCUUUCCAGUUGGUUACAUACAGGAUGCAGCAGCGUCUAAGGCCUGUGCUCGCUGCCGUGAUAGUCAUUUUGUUUGUGAGGCGAUUCCACCCAUCCUCCUUGGUGAUGCUUUCGACCUCAUCCGGAUUCCUCUUUUCAUUCGAGAGCUUUCAAGCCUGUAUCGUGACAGCGUUGUGAUGGGAACCCCAGAGGAUAGAAAUGCGUUUACAGAGGCUUGGCCGGAGGAGAUGAGUGAGCAAGUCUUUGGUCCUUUCAAAACUCUGGCCAAAGCUUUUGAGGUUCCGGUUACUGCACACUAG